AUGAUGAGAACACUGGCACUAGUGACCGUGUUGGCCGUGGCGUUCGCCGUGUCCGCUCGAGCUGCUCAGUGCGGCGAGCAAGCCGACGGGGCGCUCUGCGCGGACUGCCUCUGUUGCAGCCAGUGGGGAUACUGCGGCUCCACCUCCGACUACUGCGGAGACGGCUGCCAGAGCCAGUGCACCGGCAGCUGCGGCGGCAGCACCCCGCCCCCACCCCCUCCAGGGCCUCCCCCUCCCCCUCCCACCCCUAGCCCCCCGAGCGGUGGCGGCGUGGCGUCCAUUAUCACAGAAGCUCUGUUCGAGAGGAUGCUGAAGAACCGCAACGACGUCCAGUGCCCAGCUCGGGGCUUCUACACGUACGAUGCCUUCAUCACCGCGGCCAACGCCUUCGACGGCUUCGGCACCACGGGCGACACGGAGAUCCAGAAGCGCGAGCUCGCCGCGUUCCUGGGGCAGACGGGGCACGAGACCACGGGCGGGUGGCCGGAGGCGCCCGACGGCGCCUUCACCUGGGGCUACUGCUACAAGGAGGAGCAGGGCGCCACCGACGACUACUGCGACAUGGAGGGUGACAAAGCCCAGUGGCCGUGCGUCCCCGGCAAGAAGUACUUCGGCCGCGGGCCCAUCCAGCUCUCCUACAACUACAACUACGGGCCCGCCGGGCAGGACCCCACCAUCGGCGAGGACCUGCUGAGCAACCCGGAGCUGGUGGCGUCGGACGCCGUCGUCUCCUUCAAGACGGCCAUCUGGUUCUGGAUGACGCCGCAGUCGCCCAAGCCGUCGUGCCACGACGUCAUCACCGAGCAGUGGACCCCCUCGGCCGCCGACGAGGCCGCGGGGAGGCUGCCGGGCUACGGCGUCAUCACCAACAUCAUCAACGGCGGCCUCGAGUGCGGCCACGGCUACGACGACCGUGUUGCCAACCGGACCUUCUUCUACACCAGCUACUGCGACAUCCUUGGUAUCAGCUAUGGCGACAACUUGGACUGCUACAACCAGAGUUCCUUCGGAAGCACAUCCCUUGCUGGAACUACUACUGCUACCUUGGAGCAUCACGCUGACGCGUAA